UUGUGUGUGGAUAGGAAUACAACCGUACAUUUUCAUUACUGUAUUGGAAACUCUGAAUCCCAGUGGAGCCAGAGGGCUAAUCUGCUUUGGGCUCCGUCCAAUAAACGGAGAACUUUCUCUUAAAGUACAAUUUCUUACAAGGCAAAUUCAGGAAAAAUAAACUCAAAAAAACACUUUGAAAAGUAGAGCAACAGUAGGCCACAAGAAUGGCACCCAUUUUAUUCAGAGAUGCGUCAGUUAGCACUGUGUUGGUUCACAGUGAAAUGCAUCAUCGCCGAUUGUUUCAGGAGAUUUCCGGGCGGCAAAGUGAGGAGUUUCAUGUGCAGUUUCACUGCUUCAGAAGAACUCUGGGCAUGGGAAUCGGACACAGGAAUGCAAGCUGUCCCACAGAGCAGAACUCCUUCACUCCACCGCAGCCCUGAGCUGCACCACUGCUGUGGAUUCCACACCCAUCUGGUCUUCAUUUUAAUCAAAAGCCCCUGCCCCUCCCUUCUCUACAAGAUACAGAUGUGUGCUGUUUAUUAAAGUCUGGCAACAGGAAAUUCCCGGAAUCUUUAGGGGCCCUGGGACAGGCGGGAAGCAGCCAUUACAGCAGUCCAGCUGACAGCCCACAGAGCUGGGGAAGGCUGGCCCCUUCUCCACAAGCACUAGAUUUGCUGGACUUGUCCAGAAACACGCAGGGCCUACCUGUGUUCAGAUGUAGGAUACACAGAUUCAUUUUUGUUGUCGUGUAGGUUUUUCAGACAAGACAAAGGUGAAUAAGAGAAGUGUGACAAGCUGUAGACAGUUAGGCAGGGGGGAGUAGCGCUAAAAUCUGUCACCCCAGUCCUUUUCCUCUCAGGAAACGCAUCCUGUUGCUGUUUGGCCGCAGGGCAGAGUGUUUGUCGCAGAGAGGGAGCAGGAGAGAGAGUACGCCCUUGUGCUCUCCAAAACACUCACCAGCUCAGUCUUUUCCUCUUCAGUGCAGAGUGUGCACACAGACACACACACACGUACACAAGUAGUCCCAGACUCGUCCACUGCUGCUGGCUGCAGCCCGAGACUGAGAGAGCUCUUUUCACAUCUGGAGCUCAGCUGCACUGAGGACUGUACUGCCAGAGGGAGCAAGGGGACAAGGGGCCUGCAGAGUUCCUCAGACUCGGAGAGUAAUUUAUAGCUGUGGGGCUGAGCUGUCAUCCCUCAUCACCUAAUCCGGGGAUCUGGUUUCUUUUCUUGCAUUCCUCCACCCCCGUGGAGUAUUUGAAAAACCAGGGGCGCCCGCCUCUGUACCGCUUGACUCAAACAGCCCACAAAGCUUGCAGAAGAAAGCACGGAGAGAAAACCCGAGAGACAGAUAGGAAAAGAGAGAGCAAACUCACAGCAGCAGUAGGGCAGCAAGAGCCAGUGGAAUGGACCUGACUGCCUGCUGGAUUAACCCACGACUGCCUGCGGUACCUAAAUCCGAAGAGGAAGGGUAAAGGCUGCCCAUUUUCCUUAAAUUGGCAUGAACAAAAGAUCCUGGAUAAGAAUGAACGGAGAUGUUCUCUAGCUGAGAUUCAAAGCACUGUUUGUUUUUCUUUCUAUUACUGGCUUCUCUGCUCUCAAUGAGCCACAGCUGAGCAGCUCACUCGGCAGAGGGGGAGAGCAGAAAGAGACUGUCCUGCCGCGGUGGAGAGCCGGGAGGCGGGCGGGUAUAUGGCCGUGCAGAGGCUCGUGGCUGCGGCGGUGGCUGUGGCCCUACUGUCCUUGAUCCUCAACAACGUGGCGGCCUUCACGCCCAGCUGGGUGUUCCAGGCCCUGGAAGACGGGCGCAAGCGCAGCGUGGGGCUGUGGAGGAUGUGCCCGGCGGCGGAGCGGGCUCGGGAGGUGGCGGUGGUGGCCAGCACUGUGCGGCACAGCCAGGAGGGGGAGAACCAGUGCCAGACGCUGGGCUGGGGGUCGGAGUACUCGGGCUUCCAGGAGUCCCGCAGCACUGUCAAGUUGCAGUUUGACAUGAUGCGUGCUUGUAACCUGAUCGCCACAGUGGCCCUGACAGCUGGACAGCUCAUCUUCCUGCUGGGGCUGAUGAAGCUGCCUUUCAUCACACACGACUCACAGUGGUGGGAGGAGGCCAUCGCUGCACUCUUCCAACUCGCCAGUUUUGUGCUGGUGAUCGGCCUGGUGACGUUUUACCGGAUCGGGCCGUACACACACCUGUCGUGGUCCUGUUACGUGAACAUUGGCGCCUGCCUCCUGGCCACCCUGGCGGCCGCCCUGCUGAUCUGGAACAUUCUGCACCGGCGCGAGGACUGCCUCAGCCCCAGGGUGAUCGUCAUCAGCCACUCGCUCGCGGCCCCCUUCCGCCCCCGGCUCAACAACGACUACGUCGAGUCUCCCUGCUGAGCCGCCCCCCAGGACCCCUCCGGAGGGGACUGAGAGGACACCGAACACUAACCCACUGCUCCUUGGCUCCCUCGUGGCGGGAGAGCGGCUUAACAUUAUUGCUGCACAAACGUUGGACUAACGUGCUUAAAUCUUUUCUCAUUGUGUUAUCGCUUUCUGUCCUGCGGAAAAUACUUCAAACUCACAAGCAAACUGUGACCAUCUCCAAGACUGGCAACCUUGAAGCAUUCCACGUGUCGUUUUUUGAGGUGCCCCUGAUGAGGACCUUUAAAGAAGAAAAGCACUACAUAGGGGAAGAAAGUCAAACAUCCAGGGAUAUGAGCAGAAAACACGAACCAAAUACUUAUAGACUUCUUAACUGCUGAGAGUACAGCACAGCUAACCCAGUACGGAAAGGAAAAAAAAA